GUGACGUGUACGCUUUUGAACGCGUCUUGCCUCACGCGGGGCGCUUAUUACCAGACAAGUUUCCCCGACACCCUUCGCUGAUCGCUCUCGCGCGAUCGAGACGCGAGUGAUCGAGAACAGGCCACGCGAUACGCCCAGAUCGCGAUAUUCACGACCGUUCACGGCGGUGGUCGGUAGUAUCGAAUGACGGACGGACCCCCAACCUCAAUAGAUAGAUCUUUGAUGACGCCAUGAUCUACGUCGCUGUGUCGCACAGCCUCGGAUCGUGUAGGCGCGGAUCCAGCCAGCCAGGCCCCUUUUUUUAAUCAUGAGUGUCAUCGGCCGCGGAUCCUUCCUCCGGACGUGAACGCAUCAGCGACCGCCGUUUAAUCCGGUAAUCGUUCGUAUCCCGUAAACGUGCCCGUUCGCAGAUCGCGUGUGUGCCCAUUCGACAACGUCGCGUAGAGCGGUGAUAGAGAUAAAAAAAACAUACAAAGCGACCUUCGAGGUGUGCCCGCGUGAAGAGGAUUUCGCUUCUUCUUCCGAGGUGUGCGUGCGCGAACCGUCGCGAACAUCGCGAACAUCGCGCUGCGGGGCUCAACUUGAGAACCCGUGGACCCCAAGGGAUUUCAACGGCGAGGGUCCGCACACCGGUCCCCGCGACCCCCCGGGGGGGAGGCCCCAUUGACUCCUGGAUCUUCUCCACCUGCGCGAAAACGGAAACGGGCGAUUCCCCCUCCCUCCCUCGGCCCUCCCUCCCAGCGAAUGACACAUCUCGGUGGAACAAACCGAAAUCGUAAAUCGAGGAUAGCGAGAAUGUCUGUGCCACCUCCGCCACCGCCUCCGCAGGCCGGAGCUUCUACUGGCCCGUCAGUGGGAGAUAACAGAAACUUAUUACUGCAGUCUAUAAGGGCAGGCAAAACUUUGAAGAAGACUGUUACUGUGGAUAAGAGCGCGCCUGCUAUUGCUGGGAGAGUAAAAGGCGAGUCAACAAAUCCUUUAUUAAAUAAUAGCAAUAAUAGGACUAAUAAUAGUUCUAAUGCAGCGAGCAACAGUAAUAAUUCUAGCAAUGGUGGACCCCUGCAAUUGGGUGGUUUAUUUGCGGGUGGGAUGCCAAAGUUAAAACCUACAGGAUUGAGAGGGAAUAUGACUGAGAAGGAGGGACAAAAUGUAAAUAAUUCUAGUUUUCUUCACUCGUCACCCGGAUCGUCUCACAGUAUAAAGCGUGGUCCACCGCCAGUCCCGCCACCAGCCGCGCAGAAGCCACAAAUAUUCAGUCAGCAGGGGCAAAGUACUACCGAUUCCGUAACGAACAAUCCCGAAGUUAUGCCUAGAGGAUUCGCGAAGUCAACCAUCGUGCCUAAACCGGUGGCGUCUGCUACGCUCCAGAAACCGUCGCCGCCGCCUAAAAAACUGAAUCUGACGAAUAGCGCGAGUGUGGCGAGAGCUCAGAGCAUGCGACUGCCACGAUCGCCGCCGGUUUUGUCGUCUCUGCCGACGCCAUUUUCUUUACAUCAGUCGCAGGAUUGUCUAAAUGAGGCUACCACGCCGCAGCCCAUGAGACUCGCAAAUCGAAUUCUCAGGCCUCCCGUGACAAGACCACCAUCACCGCCGACUUCGCGGGUGACCAUGCCUACAACAAGACCACCAUCACCACCAGCACCAUCAGCACCACCAACUUCGCGAUCACAUACAAUGCCUGUGACUGUCAUGAGAGCGGCGCCGCCGCCACCGUCAAGAGUUACAGUCACCGCACCAUGUAUACCGCCACCACCACCGCCACUUCCUCAUCGUCCUGCACCUAUGCAUCAGAGAUUGGCACCACCACCACCACCGCCGCCGACACCUCCAACCAGAAGUUUGUCGGUACGUAAUGGUGGCGGUGCUCAAGCAGCGAAUUCUGUCGACCUGGAGGUACGAUUCGCGGAAAUGUUUCAUCCCGCAUCGAAUUUCCCGUCGCCAGAAUCAUUCAAGGGCUUUACCAAGGUUUAUAGUAGCAGGAACGCAGCAAAGCAACAAGCACCAGCUCCACCUCUUCAACCGUCUUCUACUCCUAGUACAUUGCAUUCACAGUUAAAUACUUCAUCUGGGAGUAAACAGUGGCAACACAAUGCGACCUCUUUGGCAUAUUGAAAUCUGUGCAUAUUUAAUCAUGCUUCGUGCAUUGAUUGUUGUUUGGAAACUUCUCAAUGCUGCCACAAUAAAAAAUGUUAAACUAAGAGAGCAUGGAAAGGUGUGAAUCGGCACAGUAAGAUUGAAAGAAAGCGAGAUUUCAAAUUUGCGCGAAUUCAGUUAUAUAAUAAAAUGUUUUAGAAAAUA